AUCGGGUAGAUGUAAACAAAUCGAAGACAAGUAGAGAAGUACAGUAGGUGAUUCGUGAUUUGGCGAUAGAAGAUGUGAUAUACCUAAACCGCUAUUUCCUGAUUGAUGUAACAAUGGAUGAACUUGCAUCAUUGUCACUCUGCUCAAUAUGCCAAAACACUUUCAAGUCGCCAAGACGUUUAGUAUGUGGUCACAGUUUCUGCCUUGCUUGUCUCAACACCUAUCUUGAAGACUACAAGAGAAAGUCGUCCUACCCGUGUCCAAAAUGUAAUCACAGCAUUUCUGUUGACCCGGAAGUUGAUGGUAAUUACAUCGACUCACUUCCGGAAGACGCUGUUGCUCAAGAAUUCGUUUUAGCAAAUGGGGAAAACAUUGAAUGCAAAUCGCACCUUCGUGCUCACAUAGAUAGUUUCUGCAGGACUUGUAUAGUGCCACUUUGCGUUCUCUGUCGUCAGGAGAGUCAUUUCGAUUGUGAUGUUGUCGGACCUGAUGGACAAUUGAAAGAUGUGUUUCCGGAAAUUAACGAUGUUUUAACGAAGAAAUUCCGUCGAAUUGUUUCUGAGUUUACUGAGACGCAUGGUACGUUGUUGCCUAAAGGGCGACAACUCCUGAUGAAGAAAGAACAGACGGCGCUAGGGAUUUCUGAUUAUUUUUCAGACCUACGACAAAAAGUGACGCAAUAUCUUAUCUAUCAAGAACAGAAGGUUCAAGAGGAUUUAGAACACCUGGUUUCAUUGGAAAAAGAGCUCAUUAAAGAUGAUUUGAACUUGUGCACCGUAUUGUUAGAAGAUGUGGAAGCGAAGCUGAAGUCAUUUGAGAAAAUAUGGAACGAUUUAGAUAGAAUUUCUGAAAUGUCUGUGCUCCGAAUUUGUACAGGGAUGAAUAGGCAGCUCCAUCAUCUGGACUCAGUAAAAUGCAAGUUGCUAUUGGAUUCACCAGAAACACGCUUUAUCAUCAACACUGAGCUUGAAGAUGCUAUGACGUCAACAGAUCUGAUAAAAAUAGAGGUGAUCAACACGAGACAGUAUGACCAUCACAAAGAUUCUACAAUUGUUCGGCACGAAUCUGUUCCAAACGAAGAAGUGACUGACGAAAAUUCAAGUCUUGAAAAUAAUGAGAAUAGAAAUGAAAAUUCUGACAGUUUAUCAAGCUCGGUUUCAUCAGAAACAGAGAGUGAAUCCGAGGAAGAAACUGAUGAGAUUGAUGAAACUCGAAAUGAUGCAGAACAAAAUAACAUUAUCAUUGAAAUAAGCAACACUGAAGACCCACCGCCACCAUACUCUGGACUUUUCCCGACACCGAAUCCAGUCCAAUCUAUUGCACAGCAAGAUGAACCUAUUAGUCAAGAAACUGCGGACCAGGUGAAACCUAGUUUAUCUGACCUCAUUUCUGGCAAUUCUCCGAGACAAUUUCAUCACCUCCGUCCUGUGCCUUCUGCACCACCGCCAAAUCUUUCGAGCAGAACUGAUGAUAGUUCAAGGUCUUCAGAAUGCGAUGACGUUCGGAGACGCCCAGUCUCACCGCAGCCGGUUCGGUAUGCAAUAUCCAGCAGACCGCAGGUAAUGGACGAAAGAUCUCCACAUCCUCAGAGACGUCAUCAACAUCACUCCCAUCAUCACCAACCAGUGGACAGAACGCGGUCACGUGACAGACCAGGUACAAAUCUUCGUCUACAGAUGUGUUGGAAAGCCUCUUCCACAGCGAUCGGAGAUAUGAAGCCACCGAGGGUGUUUGGACUGUCCUGGAUAGACCACGAGUACUUACUCCUGGCGGACAGGUGGAACCAUCGGCUGAAAGUGAUCCACAGCAGCGGUAAUAUCGUCCAUGUAUUCUCCCUAGGAAACUUCCAGCCCUGGGAUAUCGCCGACAUGCCGGAUAAGUACAGCGCCAUCGCGAUUCCAGAAGCUAAGAUGAUUUACAUUAUGCUCUACAUAAAACCAGAACUUAUGAUUAAGAGGAAGCUAGCCACAAAGCGGGGCUACUCUGUGCUUACUUAUAAUUCAAGUGACCAGACUUUUAUCGGAGCCACUCUGUCGCAGUUUUUCUCACCGCCCGGAAUUGACAUUCUCGAUAGAGAUGGUCAUAUACUGACGUCAUGUUACCCAGAAAAUACCGGAAGGACAUUUUUGUCGUACCCACGUGGCAUUACAAUGAUUGACGACAGGAUCAUGGUGACAGACUUUCAGAAAAAGAGUGUGAUAUUUGUGAAAAUGGCGGGACGAGGACAGAUCUUUCACAGAUAUCAAGGCACAGAUGCAUUUCCGCUUAGAGAACCGAAUGGGUUGGCGCUCAAUGCCCGUGACCGGUAUGUUAUCGUCAUAGAUUCUCGAUCCAAUCGCCUCCAUGUAGUCUCUCCAUCCGGUCGAUUUUUAGGCAUGGUAGAAACGGAACUGGAUAGCGAUGAACCGUGUAAAGCCGCUGUUUUCACUCCUCGCGAUGCCAUGCCAAUGCUAGCCGUGGCUUAUUCUAACGGAAACAUAGUCACUUACAGAAUCAUUGAGAGGUGAAAUGUAGUCACUUAUAGAAUCAUUGAGAGGUGAAAUGUAGUCACUUAUAGAAUCAUUGAGAGGUGAAAUGUAGUCACUUAUAGAAUCAUUGAGAGGUGAAAUGUAGUCAAUUACAGAAUCAUUGAUAGGUGAAAUGUAGUCACGUAUAGAAUCAUUGAGAGGUGAAAUGUAGUCACUUAUAGAAUCAUUGAGAGGUGAAAUGUAGUCACUUACAGAAUCAUUGAUAGGUGAAAUGUAGUCACGUAUAGAAUCAUUGAGAGGUGAAAUGUAGUCACUUAUAGAAUCAUUGAGAGGUGAAAUGUAGUCACUUACAGAAUCAUUGAUAGGUGAAAGGUAGUACAAGUAUUAGUCAUAGAAUAAUCUAAUUAAUCUGAAAUAGUUUCUAGUUAUAAUUUCGUCAGGUGACAUUUUAACUCUGCUAGUCAAAAUUUGUUGAAGAUUUAUUUACAGCAUCGGGGUAGAGAACACUCAAGUAACAAAUAUUUUUUAAUCAGAAAAGUAAAACAUAAUAACGCAUGCUAUCUGUUUUCUUUAGCUUGAAACAUUUUUAAUAAAACUAAUAACUUAAUAGUUGUAUAUAUGUAUAUCGCGCUUGUAACAACCACUCAUCCGCCCUCUAAAGCUAAUGAGUAUAAAUAAUUCAGUUUCACUUGUAUUGAUUGAUUGAUGUUUUCCGCCACACUCAACAAUUUUUCAGUUAUCUGGUGACGCCCAGUUUUUAUUGGUGGAAGGGAGAACCCAGAUACAAUGUAUCUGGGAAGAGACCACCGACCUUCCGAGAGCAAACUGGGAAACUUUCUCACCUACCGGCGAGAGCUGCGCCGACAGAGGUGAGAGGGCGUGUGAUUUUGAGCACGAUGCUCUGACCACUCGGUCACUAGUUUCACUUGUAAAACUAAUACGCAAUUGGAUUGGUUCAUUUGAAUCUAUCAACAUUCUUUAUUUUGCAUGAAGUAAAUUGUCAUACAAUCGUGCCAUAAGACUUCCUGUAGGAAUGACGUCACAGUGCUUUUAUUUCCAUUUUGCUGCUACUACACAAUUACAUGUACUUCGCAGCAUUUAAAAUUCCUAUUUUCAGUAGAACUAUUAUACUGUAAUUAGAUUAAUUGAAUUAUGAAGGAUAAGGUUGAACAGUUUGCGGUCUUUUAUAAACCACUUCGCGGUGUUGAGUAUACUAACCCUUGAUAUGGUGUACAAUGAGUAAUCAUUACUUACAUUAUGUGAAAAAUAAAAUACUUAGGUCGUUCUUGGCAUACUGAUUUUGAUUACGGAUAACUCCGUUUACCUGAUCAAGACAUGGGGCUCACGGCGGGUGUGAUCGGUCGACAGGGGAUGCUUAUUCCUCUUAAGCACCUGAUCCCACCUCUGAUAUAUCCAGGGGUCCAUAUUUAUCCAACGCUCUAUUUUGUAUUGCUUAUAGGAGUUAUGAGAUUGAUCACUGUUCGUGAUCUUCACCGUUCAUACUAAUAUUUUUUACCUUUUUUUGGGCUGAAAAAUUGUCCUUCGGUAAAUAUUUUAAUUUUUCAAUUUCCUCUCAAUAACCACACGGAUAAUUUAAUCAAACUUUGCAGAAAGUAUCCUUAGUUAAAAGGGAUGCAAGGUUAUUCAGGGCGGGAAAACAACUGAGAUUGAAACUGCAUGUUCAAAGAAUAAAUAGGAAAGUUUGGAAAAAAAAUGUAGCAACCGCCAGUGCUCAAUAUGUCAAAUUGAUUUGCUGGGUUCAAGAAAAGUAGAACCAUCAAGGAUCAUUUUUCAUUGAUUGUAAAUUGUUUAACGUCCCUCUCGAGAAUAUUGUCAUAUAUGGAAACCUCACCACUGCCGGGAAGGGCUGCAAAAUUUAGGCCUUUACUCGGCGCUUACGGCCUUUGAGCAGGGACGGAUCUUUAUCGUGCCACACCUGCUGUGACACAGGGCCUCGAUUUUUGCGGUCUCAUCCGAAGGACCGCGACCCAUUGAUUUAGUCGCUUCCUUCGACAAGCAAGGGAUACUGAGGAGCUAUUCUAAGCCGGAUCCCCUCGGGAAGGAUCAGUUUGAUAGUGGAGAGUCCUUAUGAUGUGUACACUAAAGUUUGAUAAUACUGUUGUGUGUGUUAAUUGAAUCAGAAUUGAAACUUACCGUUUUCCCGUUGAGGUCAUUUUCGGCCUCUUUUAAUUUCGUUGCUGUUGUUUAUUUGAAUUUUUACCCCAAAGCUUAAGGUACACUUUACACAGAAUUACCCUGUGUGUUGCUUUCCACAUGCAAUGUCAAUUAUAAACACUCAAAUCGGAUUUGUAUUUGUCAACACGACCAUAAAUGUUUCAUUAUUAUUCUCAAAUCCAGCGAUGUGCAAAUAUCAAGUUUAAUAAAUUAAUUAAGAUAUAGAUAUCUAAGGUUAACGACCCUCUUCGGUAGAGGUUUGUUGUUAUGAAGUGCCAUAAAUAAUUGCAGAAUAAGAUAUUUCUAUAUUGAUGCAUGGUGAAAAGGGGAAGUCGAUCUUCUUACCAAUAUUCAGUAUUAUCUACAAUUAAUAUUAACAGUGUGAGUGUUAGAAAUAAUGGAUUUUGUUGUGUUUGUGUACAGAGUCGAUUAUUUGUUGUACAUACAUAUAUAUGUGUGUAUGUUCUGAAAUGAUUUUAUUUUCUGUUCAUGUUUUCACUCAGUACAUUUGUAAACUGCAAUUGUUCCAACGUUACUCAUUAAAGAGCUGCAGAGUAUUGAGGAAAUAAAGCAGUGUAGCUCCAAUAAAAA